GCUGUAAGUCGAGGUAUACUUGUACCUUUUUAUUUGAUCUUCCUGGUGCUGCUCUGCUUUGGGGCCUGUCUGCUGGUUUACCUCAAACCUACCCAACUUUGGUUUUACCUCAAACAAAGCCAGGAUGAUUCUGCAUCAAUGCCAGAUGUGUCCUUCAGUCAGGAUGAACUUCAAAUUUACAAAGGCAACGUCACUCUCGUUCUGCUCUGGCUGCGUCCUUUUGGGGGCAGAUUUCGGCCGUUAAAUUGUCUGGACUUAAACAUCUCCAACUGCCACAUCACCAUAGAUCGGAGCAUGUACAAUCAGUCCCACGCGGUCGUCUUUCACCACCGAGACAUUUGGUGGGAUCUCAGAAACCUCCCUAAGCAGCCCAGGCCUUUGUUUCAGAAGUGGAUCUGGAUGAACAUGGAGUCACCCAGCCAUUCGCCCCCCAAAUCUAGAUUGAAUCACAUCUUCAACCUAACUCUCAAUUACCGCCGAGAUGCAGAUAUUCACGUACCUUACGGCUUGCUCACCUUUAGCCCAAAGGCCUCUCGGGCAGAAGUGCCCCCAAAAGACAAACUCGUAUGUUGGGUAGUCAGUAACCGGUAUCCCCAGGGGAGAAUUAGAUAUUACAACGAAUUAAAGAAAUAUAUUAAAAUUCAUACUUAUGGGAGAUUGUUUGGGCGCCGUCUGAGCUGGAAAGAAUUCAUCUCCAUCAUUUCCUCUUGCAAGUUUUAUCUGGCCUUUGAAAAUUCCAUCUUUAAAGAUUAUAUUACCGAGAAAAUUUACCACACGUUUUUGGCUCGAUCUGUCCCUGUGGUUCUGGGUCCUCCCAGAGAAAAUUAUGAGGAUUACGUCCUACCGGAGUCUUUCAUCCAUGUGGACGAUUUUGAGUCACCUAGGCAUCUCUCAGAGUACCUUCUGAUGCUCGACCAAAAUGAUACGCUGUACCUAAGUUACUUUAAGUGGAAGAAGGAUUAUUCGGUCUACUGUCCUAAAUUCUGGAAAUCACACUUAUGUUUGGCUUGUGACUAUAUCAAGAAACAUCCAGAAUACAAGUCUGUUGGAAAUCUACAAAAAUGGUUUUGGGAUAAUAGCUGUGAUGAUUUUUUUGCUGAACGUUACAAAAAGAAAAAUCUGUCAAGAUCACCAACCUGA